AAAAACAUUUUUUUUUCAACUUUUUUUUUUUAAAAGACAAUACCAACAAGAACAAAAAAAAAAAAAAAAAAUAAAGAAAAAUAAUGGAUAAUCAAAAUGAUAAUUUUUAUAUUAUUGGUAUUCUUGGUUUUGUCGAAGUAAUUUUCAGUGUUGUUAUCUUGCUUCCUUCCUAUCUCCUUUGCCAAAAAGAUCUUUCAUGUAUGGUAAAAACGCCUUUUUGGUCAGGAGUUUUGUGCUUUGCCUCUGGUAUAUUAGGAAUUGCAGUUUGCUUAUCUAAAAAGCGUUUGGUCAUUAUGGUAAAUGCUGCUGCAAACAUAAUGACAAUACUUGGUUUAUUGAUUGCUAGGGUUAUAAACACUAUUCAAGCCAAAUCGAUGAAGCCAGGAACAAGUUCAACUUUAAUCUACCUUGGUUAUGCAGUUUUUGGCUUUUCAUUUACAGUUACUAUAAUUGCAUGUAAAAUAGGAGUUUCAGCUCUUAGAAAUAUACCUCCUGGCUCAUCAACUGAAGCAUCUGUUGAAUUACCAGAAACAAAUGCGUACAGAAGAUUUAAAAACGUUGUGUAGAAAAAAAUAUGGUCGUCAAGAUUCUUUAAAUGAUUAAGUCAAUAUAUUAAAAAAUUAAUACAAAUGUAUAUUAAAA